AUGGCGGCAUUUGGGGAUCUCCAGGAGGCGAAGGCCGAGAUGCCUGCGGCUUCCCCCGAGCCGCAAGUCUUUGUGGCGGUGCCGCCACCGGGUGCAGGCGCGGGCGGGCCGCCGCCGCCUGCAGCCACCUCCGUGGCCACCUCCUGGCUCACCCUCAUCGUGGUGGUCGGCGUCACAGUCAGCACCGUGGCCGGCAGCUUCAUCGCCUUUGUGCUUUACCUGCGGCCCGUGCUGCAAGCAGCCGAGCGGGCCACAGCGGCGGCGGAGAAGGCGGCCAAAGAGAUGGAGGUGGCGGCGCAGGAGAUGGAGCGCACGGCGCGCAUGAUGCAGGAGGACAUGCCGCUGACCUUCCAGGACAUGCAGCGCACCAGCAAGGAGUUUGAGAUCCUGGGCAAGCAGCUAAACUACAUGGCGGGCGUGGUGGUCAAGCCCGUGAGGGAGCCAGUGCAGUGGGUGGGCAAGGCCGCGGAGACUACCAGCAGCACUGUGCAGAGCGUGACGUCCACCUCCAUCCGCAGGGUGGUGGAUGACAUCAGGUCGCUCACAAACUCGCUGACGCCCACCCUCACGCAAGUGCGCAAGCAGCUGGGGCUGGCGCUGGCUGGCAGCGGCGCGGCGUCGCGGCGGCUGGGCGCCGGCGCCGCCGAGUCUGUAGCCGCCGCCACCGCGUCGGCGUUGGGUGCCAACGGCACCCCUCGCCCCGUGUCGCGAGCAGCCGAGGUGGCGCAGCAGGCGGCGGCGGCGGCCCGGGAGGUGGCGGUGGGCAGGAGGCAGGCAGACGCGCAGCGCUGGAUCUCAGCCUGGCGCUCGCGCUCGCGUGGCAACAAGAAGGCGGCGGCAGCGGCGGCGGCGCAGGAUGCGGAUGAUGCGCGCGUGGCUGGCGCCCUAGAUGCUGACAUGGACCCGGAGCAGCGGCUGGCACAGGUGGGGCAGAUGCUGGCGGACGGCAUGCUGCAGGCGGAGCACGAGGCGGCCACUGCUGCGGUGCUCGAGGCGCUGGAGCGCGCGCAGCGGGCGGCAGAGGAGGCUGCCUCGGCCAGCGGGGCGCUGGAGGCUGCCAUCAAGCAGGCUGAGAACAACGGGGCGCUGCCCUCCAUGGACGAAGAGGACUAA